AUGGCCGCACGCACACCCGAAGGCCAGCCCAUUGACCCGGCCGAAAAUCGACGUCGUAUGGCUGCUGGCGAGCUUUACUAUGCUUUCGUUUCGGAUCUUAUCGCCGACAGGCAAAAAUGCCAGAUAGCUAGGGACAAGUAUAACGAGCUUUCCAAACAAGGCCUCUCGCGUAGGGAGCUCGUUCAGCUUCUCAACAACGCCUCGGUCAUGCGUUUCGUGGCGUCUAGACUGGGGGAAAAUGUCUAUGUGAACUCCAACAGCACAUGGAUCGAUACGUGCACCAUCACCGUCGGCGCGAGGACUCUCAUUGGCCCCAACUGUUCCUUCUACAGCGGCACUCAUCCUCUGGACCCCAGAGUCCGCAACGGCACCCGCGGGCCUGAACUCGGCAAGCCCAUAGUUAUAGAGGAGGAUUGCUGGCUUGGUGGCAACGUCACCGUCCUCGCUGGGGUUACCAUCGGCAAGGGAUCCACCGUCGGUGCAGGCAGCGUUGUCACCAAAGACGUCGCCCCUUUCUCGUGCGUCGUGGGAAACCCGGCGCGCCUACUGAAGAAGAUUGAUGUAUCGGCGGAGCCAUCUUGGUCAUAG